AUGGGCAAUACCGCCUCUUUCAACAAUCAAUAUAGAUAUGAUAGUCAGCAUCAACAGCCCCCAUCUGCAACAAUGGAUGAUCAACAGUUGGAAAGAGUUGCUGAAAUGUUGAAGAGAUCACUUCUUGGGGAUGCCAUAACAUUACCCGCAGGAAUGUCUCCAAGAGAGUACUUUUCCUCAUCAAAACACACAAAAUCAUCAGCAAUUCUUAAUGGAGGUGUUAACUAUAAUUCAAAAAUUAAUAAGAUUGAUUUGAAACCAAUGAGAGGAUAUGCCUCAUGCAAUGAGCUCCUUAAGGCUGGAGAAAAAUAUAAUGCAGAAACACCAACUACUUCUUCGGAAGGGUCUACAACAUCUGAUGCUGAUAAGGAUGACACCCCAACUACCUCUAUCAAACGUUCGAAAAAUUCAAUGUCAACUCCUACAAUCACAAAAAACAAUUCACUUUUAAUACCCAAGAAAUUGAAUCCCAUCAAAAUCCCAAACUCUUUAUCUAAUAAUACAGUAGUUGUACCAUUUAUUAAGGUUGAAUCACCAGAUAUAGUUAUUAGUAGUUCAACAACACCAAAAGAAACCAUUCUGUAA